GCAUUUCAAUAUUUUGUUUGUUUAAUAUCCUGUGUUUUGAUAUUUUUUCAUCACUCUACUUACAAGCCGCUAUCUAAAAAUAAUUCGUUUUUUUAUUCAUAACAACAAAGACAGAAAUGAAUUGAUUUUACACAAAAUGGUUGGAAUAACAUCAGCUUGGUUGGGGAAAGGUUUUAAAUCUGCAGCUGCCCGCCGGUAUGACCAAGGAUGGAUAGAUCGUAUCCGCCUGUAUGUUCGAGGCGGAAGUGGCGGAAAUGGAUUACCUAAAGUGGGUGGAAUAGGCGGGAACGGUGGAAGUGUCAUCAUCAAGGCUUCAGACACGGUUAAAAGUUUGAAAUUAAUUGCACAGAAGAAUCCAAACAAAAGAUUUAUUGGAGGUGACGGUGGACAUUCAAGAACAGUUCGUCUGCUAGGUGAGUCUGGUUCUAACGUUGAGGUUAAUGUACCUGUUGGUGUUACCGUUGUCUCCGAACAUGGCCGGGUUCUUGCAGAUCUUUGCAAACACGGUGAAACUGCUGUUGUUGCGAAAGGAGGAAUGGGUGGAAUGCCUUCUACAGACUUCCUUGGAUCUCACGGAGAAAGACAAUCUAUUCAACUUGAUUUAAAACUGAUCGGAGACGUCGGAUUCGUUGGAUUUCCAAAUGCGGGAAAAAGCACACUUCUGAAAGCUCUAUCGCGCGCCAGUCCCAAAAUCGCAAGUUACCCUUUUACAACAAUUCGACCAAAUUUGGGUAUUUGUGAAUUCGAAGAUUUACGCAGAAUAACUUUCGCAGAUUUGCCUGGACUGAUAGAAGGAGCACACAAAAACCUCGGGAUGGGGCAUUCCUUCUUAAAACAUGUUGAAAGAACCCGAGCUCUUAUGUUUGUUGUUGACAUCAACGGAUUCCAACUUAACUCAACAUCUCCUCUUCGCUCUGCACUUCAAACUAUUUUAAUAUUAAAUCGCGAACUUGAACUUUAUCGCGAAGAUUUGCUCGAUAAACCGGCCAGUUGUGUCAUCUCGAAGAUGGAUUCCAAGAAUGCCGGGGUUAGUUUCGAAAAACUUAAAUCUGAACUCGAGAAUCUCGAGGAAAUAAUGCACGAUGUUGUCGACGAGGAAUUUCGACCUGAAAGACUUAUUCGAUUUUCGGACGUUAUUCCGGUUUCAGCAAAAUUUUCUCCCAAAACCAUUGAAUUUCUUAAAUAUCGGGUUCGAAACAUUAUUGACUCGGCCGAGGAUGAAUCAAAUUCAUCUUUUAUCGAGGCAUUGUAACAAAAAGUUGAUUUUAAACUGAGCAAAAAAUCCAAAAUUGUUUGAUUUCAGA